AUGUCGAGAUCUUUUCUGAAGAGGGCAAAAGAAUCGGUGCGUGCUACGCUUUACCGUCGUCACUGUCCGAUUCAUGUGGUCUCUCACAGCUGCCAUUCAUCAACUCAUCAGGAAGACCUAUUGGACAAAUCACUGGUUGGCAAAGUUGUUAUGACAUUUCUUGGUUCAGUUGAGUAUCUGUUCGUGAGAAACCUCCGUCGGCCCAUUCCUCCGCAGAAUAUGGAAGUUUCAUACAGUAGGCAUUGGAAAAAGAGAAAUACGAUAGAAGUUGGCCAUCGUGGUGCAGGAAACUCCUUCACUAAGUUUGCAGCCGCUCGCGAGAACACCAUCUUUUCGCUGAACACCGCUGCAAAAAAUGGAGCGGACUAUGUUGAAUUCGACGUUCAGUUGACGAAAGAUAAGGUUGCGGUGAUCUAUCACGAUUUCCAUGUCCUUGUUUCUGUGGCAAAACGUCAUUCUGCGCUCCCGGAAAUUUUGCAUCCAGCGGAUAUGCACAGCGAGAAGCUCAUCGAGUUCUACGAGAUCCCAGUAAAAGAUCUGAAGCUCAGUCAACUGAAACUUUUGAUGCUGGAUCACGUCAAUUUUCGUCAGAUGAAGGAGAAGGUGAAAAAGCUUGUAGAGGAUGGUGAGGAGGAAGAGGAUUUUAAACCUUUCCCCACUCUGAUUGAAGCGCUUACAAAAGUAGAUCCAGACGUCGGAUUCAACGUAGAAGUCAAGUACCCCAUGAUGCAAACUAAUGGAGAGCACGAAUGUGAUCACUACUUUGAGCGGAAUGAGUUCGUAGACGUGAUUUUGUCGGAUCUUCUCAAUAAUGCUGGUAAUAGGAGGAUUAUGUUUUCUAGUUUUGAUCCAGACAUCUGCUCCUUAAUAUCCAUGAAGCAAAAUAAGUACCCCGUGUUGUUCCUUUGCGUUGGAGAAACCCAGCGUUAUACUCGAUUUCAAGAUCAACGCACAAGCACUAGUCUUACCGCCGUUAACUUUGCAGCAGGAGCUGACAUUAUGGGUGUGAACUUUAACUCUGAAGAUCUUUUGAAUGAUCCAUAUCCAGUUAAAAGAGCUAACGACUUCCGGUUGAUUACAUUUGUUUGGGGAGAUGAUUUAGAUAAAAAGGAAAAUAUCAAUUAUUUCAAGAAGGAGCUUGGUGUUGAUGGUCUAAUUUAUGAUAGGAUCGGCGAGGAUGAACGCCGUAGAAAUGUAUUUAUUGUGGAACGUGAACAAAAGCGAGCUCUUUUCAAGAUAGGUUCAGGAACCAGUACACCACAAAGGUACGAUUUAAAACGGAGUAUCACUGCAAACCAAUACUCUUUUUAUAGCGUUCGCAUUUGA